CUCGAAUCUCGAAAGUCGAUAUGUAUACUCCUUCGACUGUCGUCAUGUAUACUUUCAGUACCAAGUUUGACAUUUCUCCAAUUCUGUCCUAUACCUAAUAAAUGCAAUAAAUUGAUUAUUAACCGUUAAAAUAUUGUAACAGCUGUAAAAAUAUCACUGAAUAAACCAUGCUUGUUUUAGUACUGGGAGACUUGCACAUUCCGCAUAGAUGUAGUAGCCUUCCAAGUAAAUUUAAGAAAUUAUUAGUGCCGGGUCGAAUACAACACAUCUUAUGUACAGGCAAUCUUUGUACAAAGGAAUCGUAUGAUUAUUUAAAAACAUUGGCUAGUGAUGUACAUGUUGUUAGAGGAGAUUUUGAUGAGAAUUUGAAUUACCCAGAACAAAAAGUUGUCACAGUUGGUCAAUUUAGAAUAGGGUUAUCGCAUGGACAUCAAGUUGUACCUUGGGGUGAUCCUGAAUCGUUAGCUUUAAUUCAGAGACAAUUAGAUGUUGACAUUUUAAUAUCAGGUCACACGCAUAAAUUUGAAGCCUAUGAACAUGAAAAUAAAUUUUAUAUUAAUCCUGGUUCAGCAACAGGAGCAUAUAAUCCACUUGAUACAUCAGUCAUCCCAUCCUUUGUAUUACUGGAUAUUCAAAGUUCAACAGUUGUAACGUAUGUGUAUCAGCUUGUUGGCGAUGAAGUAAAAGUCGAAAGAAUCGAAUACAAAAAAAGUUAAAAUUGUAUAAAAAUUUAAAUAUAUGAUACAAAUGUAUUGAAUUAUA